GAGCCACUGUGCCUGGCCUAGAACCCUCUUCUAAGAGACAUCAGUCACCAGGCUGCCCUGCCCUGCCUGAUAUGUGCCUGGAGGCUCAGCUGGUACCUGUCCCUGUUCUCCAUAUCCCUAGGAUUGUGCACCUGUGCCUACGAAAGGCUGACCAGAAGCUGGUGAUCAUCAAGCAGAUCCCAGUGGAACAGAUGACCAAGGACGAGCGGCAGGCAGCCCAGAAUGAGUGCCAGGUCCUCAAGCUGCUCAACCACCCCAAUGUCAUUGAGUACUACGAGAACUUCCUGGAAGACAAAGCCCUCAUGAUUGCCAUGGAAUAUGCACCAGGUGGCACCCUGGCUGAGUUCAUCCAAAAGCGCUGCAAUUCCCUGCUGGAGGAGGAGACCAUCCUGCACUUCUUUGUGCAGAUCCUGCUUGCACUGCAUCAUGUGCACACCCACCUCAUCCUGCACCGAGACCUCAAGACCCAGAACAUCCUUCUUGACAAACACCGCAUGGUCGUCAAGAUCGGGGAUUUCGGCAUCUCCAAGAUCCUUAGCAGCAAGAGCAAGGCCUACACGGUGGUGGGUACCCCAUGCUACAUCUCCCCUGAGCUGUGCGAGGGCAAGCCCUAUAACCAGAAGAGUGACAUCUGGGCCCUGGGCUGUGUCCUCUACGAGCUGGCCAGCCUCAAGAGGGCUUUUGAGGCUGCGAACCUGCCAGCCCUGGUGCUGAAGAUCAUGAGCGGCACCUUUGCACCCAUCUCUGACCGGUACAGCCCCGAGCUGCGCCAGCUGGUCCUGAGUCUACUCAGCCUGGAUCCUGCCCAGCGGCCAUCACUCAGCCACAUCAUGGCACAGCCCCUCUGCAUCCGUGCACUCCUCAACCUCCACACUGACGUGGGCAGCGUCCGCAUGCGGAGGCCUGUGCAGGGAGAGCGAGUGGUCCUGGGCGGAUGGGUGUGGGCACCCAGUGGGAGCACAGGAGGCCUGGGGCAGAGGGGUACCUGGGUGAGUCCUCCCUCCCUGCAGGUAGGAAUGUCAGGAGAGUCUUUGUCCUUAGGCCUCCAUCUGUCCCACAGGGUGGAGAAGUCUGUGACCCCCGGCAGCACUGGGAGCAGGACCACCAGUGUCCGCUGCAGAGGUGUCCCCCGGGGACCUGUGAGGCCAACCAUUCCACCACCACUGUCAUCAGUGUACGCCUGGGGUGGCGGGCUAGGCACUCCCCUGCGGCUGCCAAUGCUCAACACAGAGGUGGUCCAGGUGGCAGCUGGGCGCACGCAGAAAGCCGGCGUCACACGCUCUGGGCGUCUCAUCCUGUGGGAGGCCCCACCCCUAGGUGCAGGCGGAGGCACCCUCCUUCCUGGGGCAGUGGAGCAGCCGCAGCCCCAGUUCAUCUCGCGCUUCCUGGAGGGCCAGUCGGGCGUGACCAUCAAGCACGUGGCCUGCGGAGACUUCUUCACCGCCUGCCUGACUGACCGAGGCAUCAUCAUGACCUUUGGCAGCGGCAGCAAUGGGUGCCUAGGCCACGGCAGCCUCACUGACAUCAGCCAGCCCACCAUUGUGGAGGACUUGCUGGGCUAUGAGAUGGUGCAGGUGGCCUGUGGGGCCUCUCACGUGCUGGCCUUGUCCACUGAGCGAGAACUAUUUGCCUGGGGCCGUGGAGACGGGGGUAAGCUCCACCCUCUAGUGUCAUCUCACAGUAUCCUCAGCCAUGACCUGUUCCCCCUCACACUCACCUUCCACCCCACAGCCCAUUCUCUCCUCCCUCUUUUCUCUCAAAUUCUCUUCAUUCAUUCAGCAAAUCUUUAUUUUACGCCAACUAUGUGCACACCCUAUGCUGGUGAUGAGAUGAGAUGCAUAUGUGGCUUCCUUCAGGUGUUGAUGAUAUAAUGAAGGAAAUUUCAUUCACCUACCUUUUUUUUUUUUUUGAGACAGAAUCUCGCUUCUUCACCUAGGCUGGAGCACAGCAGCAC